UCUCCGCAUUGUUUACAUGGUGCAGAGGCAGCAAAAAAAUGGCAUUACCAGAGCUUUACGUAUAAGUUAAAGACUUGUACUUAAAAAUUGUGUAUAAAUUUUGAGAAAUUUCGAGGAUGUAUCUUAAGACAGUUAAGACACUUCUCCCCAGGACACUUUUCAACAUGAGUUUAGGUUUAGUGUUUGUACUAUUCUUCUGCGAAUAUCUCAUAUAUUACGUGGUGCUUAUACAAUGCGAAUGGCCCACUUUGGACCCUCGGAAAGAGGACCCUGCUCUGGGUGGGGAAGCAACGGACAGGCCUGUCAGAGCUAUGUUUAUAGCGGACACUCAUUUAUUAGGCUCCAGAGAAGGUCAUUGGUUUGAUAAGCUGCGAAGGGAAUGGCAAAUGUACAGAGCGUUCCAAACUAUGAUGACGUUACACCGACCGGACGUAGUUUUUGUACUGGGUGAUGUUUUCGACGAGGGACAAUGGUGCGGUUCUAUGGAAUUCGAGUAUUAUAUAAAGAGAUUCCAUUCCUUGUUUCAUGUGCCUAAGGACACACAUAUCUAUGUCGUCGCCGGAAAUCACGAUAUGGGAUUUCACUAUGCAAUCACGCCGUAUCGUAAUCAGCGCUUCAUUCACGGCCUGAAGAGCCCGAGCGUGCGACGGCUGAGUCUAAGAGACAAUCACUUUGUGCUGAUCAACAGCAUGGCAUUGGAAGGAGAUGGUUGUUUCCUGUGCCGACCGACCGAGAUCGCAGUGAAUAAAAUAGCUAAGGAUCUGAAGUGUGCGAGAAAAAUUGGCAAUGAUUGUCGCAACGCAAGCGCGAUUUCCAGAUACAGCAGGCCUAUAUUGCUGCAAGUCAGUCUUCCCACCAUAAUUCAAGUAUCGUUUCUUCUUCAGCAUUAUCCGAUGUAUCGAGAAUCGGACGAAAUGUGCAACGAAUUGGAUCAGGCUCCUCAGGAGUUGAAGGCUAUCAAGUUCCGGGAGCGAUGGGAAUGCUUGUCGAAGGAAGCGUCGGAGCAGCUUUUAGAUAUAUUGAAUCCGCGACUGAUCGUCGACGGUCACACACAUCACGGUUGCAGAAGGAUACAUCGGGACGACGUUCUGGAAUUCACGAUCCCGUCUUUCAGCUGGCGCAAUAAGGUCAACCCAUCCCUUCUGAUGGGUACUUUCACUCCCAGCAAUUACUCCGUCUCCAAAUGCUACAUGCCCGUGGAAUCUACUGUGAUCACUAUUUAUAGAUGUAGUCUCCCAUGCAUGCUGAUAUAUCUGAUUAUAAAACUCAGGCCGAGGCGGCACGCGUACUCGCGUUUGAAAAUGCCUUGACUAAAUCUAUCGUGACACGUUCGAAUGCGAACGGGCGUAUAAUAAUUCUAUAUACAAUGCAAUUUAUGGAGGCUAUAAUUGUCGAAAUUAGGACAUAUCUGUAUACACUUUUCGUACACGCUAUCCAUCACGUAUUAUUUACAACAGUAAUAGUAUAAAAUACUUUGUGAUAUAUCAUAAUUAUAACGAUGUCGAUCUCGAUGUACAUAGAAUUCUAUUAUGGAGAACUUGAGACAUGUUUACUAAAAGAUCUUGUAAGUACCAACGAAUUUUAUAUAAGUGCGUUAAAAAAAAAA